AUGCGGUUCAUGUACACGCUGUCAUUAUUAGUCCCGCUGGGCUGUGUCAAGCUCAGUCUGGCGGAAUUUGUCCUAACCAUGCCAUGGGUAGGCUUUGCAAGUUCUGGGAACUACUGGCAGGAUUAUGAGGGACGCGUGAUAGGUGAAAACGGGGACACGACGACGUACGCAAUCAAUUGCCCUCCAGCAAGUGACGAAACGGCCUGUAUCAGGUUUGAUCCAGAUGCGACAUUUAUCGCUGCUCCCAGCUCCUACGACUUCAUCAUGAGCGACUAUGGGUACUUUACAAGCACCGGGUGCACCUUUACUGGCUCGCCCAUACCGACCACCGCCACUUGCUCGUACAGCCAGUCAUAUCACAUUCGCUCUCACACCGUGACUCAUGAUAGGACAUAUGUUCUCCCUGGAACCGAGAUUAGGGAAAUCCUGUCUGCUACCUUGACUGUGGCAGGGACGGGACCUUUCCCUACUGGCACCGCUGCGACUGCUACAGCUGCUACAACGAACAAAACGACGGGUUCUACUACAGGUGCGACGGUAGCAGGUACUUCUGCCACGAGCACAACGGUUUUUGGGAAUGUCGCAGGCAGGACAGUAGCGCCGAUGAUGCUGGUGGGUGCGGUGGUGGCUGGUAUGGUGGUGUAA